UCCCUGAGAACAGUGGGAGGGGGGAAGAGGGGCCAGCGAUGCAGGAUAUUCUCACAGGAUGUGAUGGCUGGACAGCAGCCUGAGCUGUGCGAUGUGGAGGGAAGAGUCAGCUGAGAGGAGCUUUUUUGGCUUGCGGUGUUUGCUUGGUUACUAUCGAUCAUCUGUGAGUGGGUGUGUGCGCUGAGGAUGUGAAAUCAACAUGGUCAGGAGGCAUUGUGAAGAUUAGUAAUCAGCUGAAAGUGAGCACCAUGGCCGCCUUCCAGCUGCUCUUCCCGCUGUUGGUCAGCUGCGUGGCGGCAUCCGCAGGUCCUCCCCGCCACCUCCCUGCAUGCCAAGUUGUCCAGAUGGAUGUGUUUUGCAGUGAUCUGAGCCUCAGAAGUGCCCCAGUCAACCUUCCUCAUGGCGUCCAAAUGCUGGACCUCUCUCGUAACCAGGUGCAGAAUCUCACCCAGGAAACUCUAGCGUACCACACCGGCUUCCAUCAUCUGAAUCUUCACUCUAACAAGAUCCACUUCAUCCAGCCGGGGCUCUUCAAAGACAUGACCGAUCUAAGAGUCCUGGAUCUGUCCAGGAAUCAUCUGAAUGUUUUUGCUUUCUCCAAAACCAACAUUGGGCCUCUUACAGCUGUAGAGUCACUUGAUCUUUCAAGCAAUGGGCUGUACACAGGGAUGUCGGACUAUUUCCUGGCUGAUUCUCCAUCGCUGGCAAACCUUUCUCUGAACAGCAACAGCAUCACCAAAAUAGCACAAAAUACCUUCAGUGGAUCCUCGUCAUUGAGGAAAAUCAACCUCCACAAUAAUGUCAUCAUGGAGAUUGAGGAUGGAGCUUUUGACUCCUUGGAUAGUUUGACUGAACUCGAUUUGUCCAAGAACUCAAUCACGUGCAUCACAAACUUCAAUCUCUGUAACCUAAAAGUGCUUAAUCUCAGCAAGAACAGCAUGGAGCUUUUCCAAAGCACAACAUCAACAGAUUGUUAUAAACUCCUCUCUCUUGAUCUAAGUGAAAACAAAAUGCCUUACUUCCCCCUUCUCCCCAGAAACAAUAUGCUUGAAUACCUGGACGUUUCACGAAACCAACUUCAAAGCAUCCAUGUCACAGGAAGUCCUGAUAUAAAGACAAAAGUUUAUUUUUAUCACCUGAAAUAUCUGGACAUGAGUUACAACCAACUCAAAAGCCUACCAGAGUCCUUUUUUGAAUGUAUGGGAUUACUCGAGGUCCUGAAUGUGAGUAAUAACUGUAUCAGCUCGUUCAAUAUCACCAGCCAAAGACUUCUACAGACAGUGAAGAUUAUCAAUCUCAGUUUUAAUUCGCUGCAGAGUCUGACAUUCGGGGAAAACACUCUGCAAUCGCUGGAAAAGCUCUUCUUACAUGGAAAUGACCUCACCACCCUGGACAAUCAAAUAUUUCAAAGACUUCCAAGCAUCAAACACCUGCAGCUCCAGCAGAAUAACCUGAUUAUCUGUCCCUUGGACCAAAACCACCAGGAACCCCCAGGUUGUGUCUCCUUUUCUUCAAUACCAAACUUACAGUUCCUGUACCUGUCUGAAAACAAUCUGAGGAGUCUGCCGGCGAACGCGUUUGCCAACAGCCCUCUGAAGUUACUGGACUUGUCCCUGAACCCGGGCUUAGACAUGGACAAAGACUCCCUCUCUGGUCUGGAGCAUUCCCUGGUCCAUCUCCUCUUGAGGGAAAACAAUAUUUCCAGUCUAAACACAGACCUGUCGUCGCUGAGGAGUCUCAAACACAUAGACCUGUCCACCAACCAGUUGACCGCUCUACCUACGUGGAACAAAGACUCCUCCAUAGAGUCACUAAACCUGCAACACAACAACCUGGUCACCCUGGAGUACAGCACCAUGCUCGCUCUGGAGCACUCACUAAAAACCCUCUACAUGGGCUCCAACCCUCUGAGCUGCUGCAGCAACAUUGACUUCCUCCACAUGGUCCAGCACUCGGCCGUGGUCGUUCCCGACAUCGAGACCGUGACCUGCAUUCACGAGGAGUAUUCAGAACCGGUCAACAUCGAGAAGGUGACCCAGGAAAUGUGUCAUAGAUCAGGGGGCCAGAACUAUAUUAUUGCAAUUGUAGUGAUAGUGGUAGUUGUGAUGGUCGUGCUGGGGCUGCUGGUUAAAUGUUGCCACUUGAGGAAACAAAAGCACAUCCGAAGCUUUAGUGCUUAAUGUAAAGCCGUGAAGGAAUUUAUGUUUGGGACUUGGUUGGUGGUUCUAACCAGGAAACAGUAGAAAAACAUGAAUGCAGUGUCUGUGAUGUCACCCAAACUCUUUUGAAGGAACAAUUUAAAGCUUUGAGUUGGGUUUACCACUAUCAUCUUUGCCACUAGAGUGAAUAAAUCUAAAUUUGAGAUGGGACACGCAAGAAGCAACCACAAUGGCUGGCUGAGACAGCUGUCAAUAAAAAAAAAAAGGACAUUCCGUAAUAUUUCCUAAAUGAAGACAAUACAAUAGACAAGCUGUUGAAACCAGAAGUUCCUGUGGAAAAUAUUCCAAAAAAAAAGUUUGGACUUUUUAGAUGAACUUCUAAACGUUUCGUGCAGUCAACAUCUAGUAGUCAUUUCAGGAACUGCAUUUUUAUGUCUAAAGCAGGAGUGUUUCCUGUUUGUUUGGUUUAUUGAAUGUAAAAGGAUGAAUCCACACUAAAACACUUCCACACUGUAGACCAUGCCAUAAAAAACUAAAGCAAUAGUUUUGCUUCCUUUCAGAGAGUUAGAUGAAAGGAUGUCUGUACACUGAAUUUGAAGGCAGGCAGCAGCCGGUUAGCUUAGCUUAGCAGUAAAGUUUGAAAACAGGGGGGAACAGUUAGCUUAGUUCAGUCUAAAACUAACAAAAUAUGCCUACCAACACCUCUAAGCUCACUACUUAACAUGUUAUAUCUUAUUUGUUUAAUUUGUACGCAGUAAAUGCAGAAAGUAGUCUUGUGUGUUGUUUUUGCCUUAAAUGAAUGAGAUAUAAUGUGUUAAUAAGUGAGUUUGAGAGGUUUUGUUACUUGGAGCUAAGCUAGCCCUUUUCCAACCAACUGCCAGCUGUAGCUUCAUAUUUAGCGUACAGACAUGAGACUGCUCUCAUGUCUGUAUCAUCAAACUUUCAGCAUGAAAGCAUAUUUCCCAAAAUGUUGAACUAUCCUUUCAAAGGUUGAAUGAGACAGAGAGUGUCGACACUGGAACAAAGUCAGAUGUCUUUUUUCUGUGACGUUCAGUGUAAGAGUAUCUGAGAGUGGAAUUUGCCUUUAAGCUAAAAAUAAACACUACAAAAGGUCAUGAAACAAAAUGCUCUAUUCAUGGCAGAUGAAGUAUGAUUAUGAAGUAUAUAUAGGUUGUACAAAUGCAACCCAAGCUGUCCCUUUACCCUUUAUGUAGUUUGCACUUUAAAUGUCGAUUUGUUUGUGUGAUUGUAACUUGUUCUGUGAAUGUUAACACUAAGAAUAAUUUUGUUACUAUAAAAACAAAGCUGGACAUUUUAAACAGUAUGUUUUCUGUAUUGAUCCCAGGCCUGUGGUGCGCCCCCAGGACACAAUAUCUAUUAGGCCUACAUGACAUAGAAAUACCUUUAAGGGAUGAAGAUAAAAGCUGGACUAAGCACUGAAAUUAUUGACUGUGAUACUCUGGUAUAUACGUAUUAUAUACAUUUUGUAUAUUUUUAGAUAAAUAAAUGAACAUGAAAUCCAGCGCUGUAUUGUGGGCUACACUGGGAUCCACAGUUUCAUACGAUUUUAAUGUGCUUGAUGCUAAAAUUAUUAUUAUUACCAACUACAAGUCAAACUGAUUUGUAAUAUUUCUUAUCCUGUGAUGUUAUUUUGUAACGUAAUGUAAGCAAUAUUUUGUACCAAAUGAAGGCCAUUUUUUACACUUAAACGCUGUGUGAAACAUUAUUUGUGUAAUAAAAACAUGUAAACCUCUGAACGUGGUAUUCACACCA